AUGAAAUCGUUAACAGAGAUCAAACGAGAGUCCAAAACAUACGAAGCGAUUCAACAAGCUUUGAUGGUGGGUCUUCUUACGGAAGCAGGGUUUUCUUUCGACUUAAAGUGUCCUGAACGUCUUGCUUCUAAAACAUUACAGAAUUUAGUUAUUCUUGAAUGUUACUUUCAAGGUAAUCCUCUUGGCUUUGGACAAAAAAUAGAAGAGUAUUGUGCCUCGCAAUACUUAAGAGACUCUGAAGGUGCUAAGACUCAAAAUGAAAUUAAAGUUGCGAAGCGGCGAAAGGACUUAAAUCGCUCCGCAUUGUCUUUUAAUUGGCUUGUAAAGUACGUGGAGCAGUACGGAUACAUCCUAACAAGACGACCAACAAAAAUUCCAAAGAAAACACUACAAAUGGAAAAGAUAACGGGGAUAGGAACAGACCAUGAGUGCAUAUUCAACGAAGAUGCUAUUGAACAGAUUGGAAGAAAAAUCCAUGUACAUAUACUCUCUGAAUUUCAACGACAUAUGUCGUCUUUCAGGUUGAAAGAGUACGACGAGUUUUGCCAAUUGACACUGCAGACAAAAAAUAGACUUGUGAAGCUCGAAGAGAGAAGCAUGAAGUAA